ACAAAAAGUAGCUAGCUGGCUGUCCACAACAAGGAAUCUUGUGUAACGUUAGUGUUUUUAUCUGUUAUCGUCCUGUUAUAUAAAAAGCAGACAAUACUGUUAGUGUUAUAACCACAUAACAUUUAGAUAGGUUAUGACGACCUUCGAUUAAUUACUUUUUGACUCCAGUGAUCAUCCAGCCAAAGCCGAAUGACUGGAACGCUUUCUGAUGGAUAACUUGGAUCAAGUCGAAGUCACCUCUUCAAAACAAUAACUAACUAGGUUACAUUAGGAGCCUGGAUCCCAUCACCACCAUUGUAAAGAAAUCUGCAAGUUUAUCUGCAAAUGAGCCAUUUCACACCAAACCACGUCCAUAUCAUGGGUGGGAUUAAAGAUGCAUAUCAAGAUGUCCAACCCGUUACUCUGUGUCUUGCGGAGGAGAGCGUCACAUCACACCUCUACUCCCACUCAGCCAAGGGCAUUGAAGCUCAUUUGUCCACCUUGGUGGAGGCCUUUUUAAUCGAGGUAUUCCGCUGUAGAGUCUGCCAGUUCACCAGCAGUCAGAAAGCCAGGAUCAGCAGCCAUGUUUCCGAGAGGCAUUCUUCACCCUCACCGUGCACCCACCUCUCAUGCCUGGAAAAGGACGAUGAGAAAAGCUUGACUGUGGGCAUGAGGGUUGAUGAAGAAGUUGAGCUGGACCAGAGUGGCUCUCCUUACGACCUCCAUUCUGACUCAAAAAAUAGUGAGGACCAGAUGGACAUGGACCGCAUGUCUUUUCUCAUGUAUGGCAUGCUGCAGAACAUCAGUCCCCCACCAUGUGACAUUGGCCUGAGCUCCAACUCUGACGGCAACCUUCAUGUGGCCCAGACAUGUGAGGUGAGCACUUUGUUUGAGGAAGACAGACAUGGAGAGGGCAGUGAGGAGGAGCCUGUCUUCCAAUUGGAGGACACCAGAGAUGGCCUGCCUGGACCCCUUUCUGCUGGGAUGGCCUGCACUGAGGACCAGGAUGAAGAAAUGGCUCAGUCGGCUCAUUUAAUGACUCUUGGGCUGUGCAGAAUCUCCAGCACUAAGUGCCCCUCUCAGCCUGCUCCUUUAGUCAGCAGACUGGCUCUGACUGCUGGAGGGCAGGAUGCCUUGGACGCAUCUGCAGAUGAUAAACAGCCCCUGCUGACCACGGCUGAAUUGCAGAAGCAGGCUGAGGAGGACGGAGGGCUGUCCUGCGUUCUCUGUCAGGUGAACAUGGUCAGCCACAGCCUGCUUGAGGUACAUCUGAAGUGUCAUGAUGGAGAGCAGGGCUUUAAGUGCCCGCGCUGCGGUUGGGCCACAGUGGAAUGGGUGAAUAUGGAGCGUCAUUGGAGGGGCCAUGGAAGGAGGAGGAGCUCGAAGCCUCAUAAAUGUGCUGUUUGCCACAGAACGUUCAGGAGAGCGGACUCCCGCGAUGCUCACGAGAAGAGGCAUAACCGGCAUCAUCGAACACGGCCAAAGUCUUCUCCUCUGGCGCAGUGCUCUCUGUGCCUUGAGUGGUGCCACUCAGAUAGAGAAUGGGAGAUACACCAGCGCUGCCACUUUCAAGGAAGCUUCAAGUGUUUGUACUGUGAUUUCAGAGAACCGUCAUGGAAGAAGAUACAUAAGCACAUCCUCAAUCGACACACACAGGAUGAUCCAGAUCCAGACCAUCAGAAUUCCUACCAUGUAGGACAACUAAAGCUUGACACUCAGCCAUCAAGCACUUAUCCAAAAUGCCUCAAAGGGGUACCGCCAGAGUCAUGGUGCCAGGUGAGAAAGACAAGAGUGAAACACAAGAUUGUCGGAAGGAAGAAGAGUGAAGAAGAGAAGAAAGAUGGAGUGAGGCUCACUGAGAAGAUAAGAGAAGGAGGGAAGGUCUCUAAAAGGAAGGAGUUCUGCUGCACUUUGUGUAAUAGGAAGUUCUCCACCAAGCUGACCAUGCGUCGACACAUGGGCAUCCACCAGGGGGAUAAGCCAUUCGAGUGCCCCCAUUGCCACUAUUGCACACGACUAAAAGCCUCACUCAUUCAGCACCUGCGCAUCCAUACAGGUGAGAAGCCUUACAAGUGUCCUCAGUGUUCUUACGCCUCCAUUGACAGGAGCUCUUUGCGGCGCCACUUGCGCACACACACGCAAGAGAAGCCUUAUCACUGCCAAUACUGUCCCUACAGCAGCAUCCAGAAGAAAAGCUUGGACCUCCACUCUCGCCGACAUCACACAGGAGAGUCCUUCCCUUGUUCUCUGUGCCAGUACUCCACACCAGACCGCCAGCUGUUGCUACGACACAUGCGCAAACACCACAGCUCUGAGCAGUCUCCUGCACUGGGACUGAGGAGUGCACCACGCUCCAGCUCUUCCAAUAGGCCACGUACCUCUAAAUAACAUGAGAUUCUAAGGAAAAGGUUGACUUUUUAUUGGACUUUGCUUUUGUUUUUGUCUUUUUUGCUUUUGGAGGCAUCAACACAGGUGCAUUCGUCUGGGGCCGAAAUCAGGAGGUCAUCCGCGUACUGCAGGAGCACAGCGCCCCCAGGGAGGGAGAGGUCUGAAAGGAGGUCCCUAAGCGACGCAGCGAAAGCGGCAGGCGAGUCGCAAAAACCUUGCGGCAAACGAGUCCACGUAUUAUGGCGCUGACGGUGCGUGAACGCAAAAAUGGGCUGUGUGUCCGGCUCAACCGGAAUACUGAAAAAAGCGGAACUAACGUCAAUUACGGUGAAAAAUGCAUGAUGGCAAGGAACCGAUGACAGAAUUGAUGCCACGUCAGAAACAAUAGGGGCUAUCGGCACCACUGCAUCAUUUAAGCGUCGCAAAUCCUGUGUGAAACGCCAAGACCCGUCCGGCUUAGGAACCGGAUUAAUUGGGGUAUUGUAGGCGCUUUGACACGGGACCACCACGCCCAGAGACAGCAAUGUAGUGAGAAUGGAGUCGAUACCACGCAGUUUGUGUUCAGGCAGUGGGUAUUGUUUCACAUACACCGGUGUAGAAUGUUUAAGAGUGGCCUCAUAGGGUUUACAAUCUACACACCCCACGUCAUCCUUAUGGGUGGCCCAGACCGUGCGAGGAAUGGAGCUGAGAGGCUUCGGGAUGGUUGAGCUGUCAGAGGGAGAGAGAGAAAAGAAAGCAGGUGAAAAAGACUUAUAUGAUUUGUUAGCAAUCUGCAAAUCUCUAGAGGGAGAGCCAGUGGAAACAGACAUGCGAGAGCCGCUGAAAGUCAGAGUAAUGCCAAGGCGGCUCAUGAGGUCACGGCCCAUGAGAUUAAACGGGCAGUCCGGCAUAAAAACAAACGCAUGGGAAAAACGGAGGUCGUCGCAAAGAACUGAUAGCGGGGGAGUGUAAUGGGAUACAAAGGGCUGACCAGUUAUACCUACAGAGCUAGUGGUUCUAGAUGACAAAGGGCCCUCAUACUUAGGUCCGAGCGAAGAAAGAGUGGCACCAGUAUCUAUGAGAAAACUGAAGUCCACGCCCGACACGUUAAGCGAAAUAACGGGAAGAUCGUGGUUCUGGAAAGAGGAAAAAGUAGUGCUAAGAUAAGCUUCACUCGGGACCAGACUCUGUGGGCAGCCCUAUACUGGGGGAGGUGGAGGAAAAGGGCCAUGAGGACGAGGAGGGCCCUUCGCCAUUGCCUUCAAGUCCCUCGCACGUUUUCUACACUCUGGUUGCCAAUGACCCUCCCUGCCACAGUAAUGACAGUUCCCUGGUUUUCUAUCAGGGGCUGGCCUGUCCGGCCUGCGGUUAGAUCUGACCCCCCAAGACCUCCCUUUUUGGUUCCCUCACGCCCUAUCUCGCAAUGAUAGCUCCUAUUGUAUGUGUGCUGUUGCUACUGUUGUGUAUGGGACCGUGUCUUUUCAGGUGCCUCAUGGAUCGAGUGUACGCUCUGGCCUCCUCACUCAUCCCCCACCGGUCCGACUACAUCUUUAUGGCACAGACCGUGCGACAGCCCGUCUACGCGUCAUUGGAACCAUCUUAUGAUGAUGCUGUUUCUGUUUCUGUGUAGGAGCCUUUUUCUCUGUUCUCUCUGAUGUGCGUAUUGCUUAUAACCCGUCUUCAACGGGUUAUAAAAGAGGGGAAUGAAAGGGUUAACUUUCCUUUGGCCUGUCUCUUCCCCGGUGACUAACAUGUAUUAAUAAAAUCAGACACUGCUGAGGGUGCAAGGGUGUCUGCCCUUUGUGCAUACU